CAGUAAUUCGCCAAAAUGACGAACACAAAGGGAAAGAGGAGAGAGGCAACCCGAUGUAUGUUCUCUAGGCCUUUUAGAAAACAUGGAGUUGUUCCUUUGGCCACAUAUAUGCGAAUCUAUAAGAAAGGUGAUAUUGUAGACAUCAAGGGAAUGGGUACUGUUCAAAAAGGAAUGCCCCACAAGUGUUACCAUGGCAAAACUGGAAGAGUCUACAAUGUUACCCAGCAUGCUGUUGGCGUUGUAAACAAACAAGUUAAGGGCAAGAUUCUUGCCAAGAGAAUUAAUGUGCGUAUUGAGCACAUUAAGCACUCUAAGAGCCGAGAUAGCUUCCUGAAACGUGUGAAGGAAAAUGAUCAGAAAAAGAAAGAAGCCAAAGAGAAAGGCACCUGGGUUCAACUAAAGCGCCAGCCUGCUCCACCCAGAGAAGCACACUUUGUGAGAACCAAUGGGAAGGAGCCUGAGCUGCUGGAACCUAUUCCCUAUGAAUUCAUGGCAUAAUAGGUGUUAAAAAAAAAAAAUAAAGGACCUCUGGGCUACAAAAACAA